AUGACGCUUUUAUGUUGUGAUAAAUGAGGAAGAACUGAGCCCGUGGGGCAGGUAAAUGCUUCUGCUAUUUUCAAGAAUGAUUGAGUAGAGCCCAUAAGUCAGAUAAAGUUAAGUGAGGGAACACUGUGCUCGUGUUUGUGGAGGCUAGGACUGAGACAUCCAUAUCUUGAAAUAUUCAGGCAGCUGUACUGCUCAGCUUUCAUUGUGAGACUGACCCAUUUCUAUCUGAGAAUAAAUAAUGGAGGGGAGAUUUGGAGACCAGCACCUUUGAGAGGUUCCACCUUCUGCACCUAUUUCAUAUCUGAACGUCUAAAGAAGAAAAAGAACUGUGUAGUAGAAGAUAAGCUCUGCGGCAGGCGUCAUGACCACAGCUAGGUACCGUCCCACCUGGGAUUUGGCCCUGGACCCGCUGGUGUCCUGUAAACUUUGUCUGGGAGAGUUUCCCUUGGAGCAAAUGACCACCAUCACCCAGUGCCAAUGUGUCUUCUGCACUCUGUGCCUGAAGCAUUAUGUGGAACUUCUCAUCAAGGAGGGCUUCGAAACAGCCAUCAGCUGUCCAGACUCAGCCUGUCCAAAACGUGGACAUUUACAAGAAAAUGAGAUUGAAUGCAUGGUGGCCGCAGAGAUAAUGCAGAGGUACAGGAAGCUGCAGUUUGAGAAGGGUAAGUGGAAAGCAGAUGUCUGUUCAUCAGGGGGGGCAAUUAGUAUCAGAAAGCAGCAGAUGAGGCACGUGUGUGUUUGUUGAUGGUGAGCUCCAUGCUUACUGUCAAAUAGGCCGGCACAGGUGUACAUGUGAGGAUGAAAGGGAUGUGAGUGGACUUGUUUAUGUCCAGCUGACCUCAUGCUGGCACACAAUGGAGGCUUUUACCUGUGCUCUCUGCAUUUUUAACAAUGAGACCUGAUUUAACACCUGCCGACA